ACAGGACAAGUACUGAGGACACGUAGUAGUACGUAAGUCAUUGAUCGAACUUUUCAGCUUGAGGCAAGGCAAUUUUUCAACUGUCGGGGAAAACAUGGAUGUAGUCGCUGCAGUGGUAAAGUACAAUCAACAAACGUUAGGAAGGGAUAAACUGUGUCGGAUCAUCCAGUAUGCCUCAAGGUUGUCCAGUUAUCUUCUUCAACAAGGUGGCGCAAGUGUUGAUUGGGUGAAUAGGGCAAAAACACUAGAUAAACAGACAAGCACCUCAAGGAAAUUAUUUAGGUUGGGAAAGAGUUUGGACAUGAUAAUUGGUGCAAUUAGAGCUAAGGACAUCCAUCAUGACAACAUUCUGAAGGUCCUGAUCAUCUGCCGACGAGCUACAUUAGCCCUGUAUUAUAUCAUAGAUCACAUAACUUGGGCUGCAAGAUUGGGACUCUAUAAAGCUACCCCAAAGGAUUGGUCCAAGUUUCAGGCAAAAUUCUGGGCCAUUGCUCUUGUGUUUGGCCUUCUCAGAAACCUGUAUGAGAUCUUGAACCUAAUUUUUGUUCCAAUUAAGAAACAUGAUGGUGGAGAAGAAAGCAAUUCGCAAGGAAGUUCUGUUACAUCCCGGCUGAUGACCCGUCCCCAACUUUUUCUUGACACAGUCAAGAAUUCAGCUGAUUUCCUGUUGCCUUUCAAUGUUAUGGGUGUAAUUGAGUUGAAUGUUGGUUUGGCUGGGUUACUGGGAUUAAUUUCAUCAAUUGCAGGUGCAAUACCUGUUUGGAAUCCUAACAUGAAAUUGAAACCUUCUUAGAGAUGCAAUUGGAUGAUUUGAUGUAGUGUACUUGUGAUCAAGGCUGACAACUGGCUACACUAUAGAACUCUUAAUUUUAUCAAGGGGGAAUUUUUUGUGCUAUUACACUGUUAUCAGUGAGUGUAGUGCAUUUAGUUGCAGUGUUAGAGAGGCAACCUUUCUUAAGGAAACAGUUGUCAUUAUACUCUAUACUGCUGUAUUUUAAUAUAUAUAAUUUAAUUUGUGCCAUUAAUAUUAGUGAAUACAAAAUUUGUUUGAAGUGACCCAUGCCUAGCAGCACAACUCUAUCAUGUAGCUGAAAUAAUUUUUCCGAUGAGAUGGUCAGUGACUUGAAGAAAUUACUGAUUUAUUCUUUUUAACCCUUAAGAAUUGGCCAAUCUUCCUGAGAUGUCUGGGGAAUCAAGAAUUACUUAUUAAUAAAUACAUGCAGGUAGUUGUAUUUUCAAUUUCAAAUGAUAGGCCGGAGUAAGAACAAAAAAGCUGAUGACAGUGAAAAACAUCUGUUGUGAACACUAAUAUAUUUUCUAUACUAUUUUGCUUUGAACUUGAUGGCUUGUGGUGUAGGUUAAAAAAAAUAUAUGAAAACCUAAUGAAAUAAACUUUCCAUAAUUUUUUUUUCCAGCACUAUGUUAAUUCUUGUUAAAUUCCUGUUCCUCACAAUGACACAAGCUUAGGGAAAUGCUGUCUCAGCAGAGGGACAUGCCAAACGUUACAGAGCCCCAAACAUGCAGAAUGAAAAGCUCAAUGUCCAGAAAAAGCAAUUCUUUUUAAACCAGUAUUGUGCUUUGGAGCACAUUGGGGAAGCACUCCUUUGAAGUGAACACCUUCACCUAGAAAUGAUUGCUUGCACAUCCAUAAAUGUCAAAUCUCAAUUUGAAUAUAUAAAGAUGAGUGAUCUUUGAACUUCUAUUUACAUUAAACUUUACAAUCAGCUUGAAACUCAAAUAUGUUUUAUCCUAAUUGGAAAAAUUUUUAAACUCAUUGCACAAUGUUUUUGCUAUAAAAUGUUAUAAAUAAGUUCAUCAGAUUAAUUAUAUAAAUUAUUGUUUCUACACCUGCUUUUAGAAUAUCAAUGUAUUUAUCAUACCAAACAAACUCAAUUUGUGUGAAGAAAUAACAAAUGAAAACUGUUAUAAGGAAAUAUAAAGGUAAAUCCUAGUUUUCCUCAAAUCUCCUACUCAACUCGGCAGUGACUAUUGUGAUAAAAGUUAUCU